GGUCGUUUUUUAACCCACUUCCCGUGAUCCAAUCGAGCUGACAUUUUGCACACAGACUCGUUGUGCGUGACAAUUAAUUUUCGUGAAAAUUUUUUUCCAAAAUUUUACACUGUUUAGGGAAAAAUAAAUAAAUAUUUAAUUACCAAUUGCUUAAUGGUGGCAGACAAUCAUCUGACCCAUAGGUGGCAGCCAUCUCAAGCCAGAGGACGAGAGGACUCUAGCCGCCACGCAUAUAAAGGAUUUAUAGUGAAAAACUUUGUUUUUACGGGUUAAUUUUUUCACAUUUACAUUAAAGGUGUGUCAGCAAGGUACCCACGCACGCGUGAGCCUUGUUACACAUAUUCUGUGUGUGCGUGUAUCCACACAGUGGCCCCACAAUACCUGCACAGGUGACUCGCCUCUCCCGUCGGCCAAUACGGAGCGAGGAAGCGCGUGGGCGAGAGGCGAGGUCGCCUUUAACGCGCAUUUAGGGAGCCCUCCACUGCGCAUAACCCCACGGACCGAGGUGCACAGACGGAGUCAAGGCAGCGUCUCUGCCAGCAGGAACCCAGAUGGCAGGAACCGGGACCAAGCCGCCGUUGGAGUCAAAGGGGGUGGACGUGGAGGCCGUGAUCGCUGGGACUCCCACGAGCUGCAAGGUGGCCGUGGAGAUCUCAAACUUCUCCGGCCGCACGCUGCAUGCGCCCGUAUGGUACUUGGUAAGCGGCACAAUGGAGUACAGCAUCCCCAGCGAGAUUUUCCCGCACGAGAAACGGGCGUGCGGAUUCCGCAAGGCCAAGGCCGGCUUCUUUGGCUGCACCGGUAUACUCAUCUACCGCAUCAAGGAUUCCGACAAAUGCCUGUGCCUGAUGUUCAGCAACCCUUUCACAAUGGUCUACAGCAGAGAGUUCGCAAUCUCCUUACAGGACUGGGUGCCUCAGAACACGCCGGAAAUGCUCUACGAGGAGAUGAUGAAACGAAAUCAGAAGAACGAAGGAACGACGUUCGUGAAGUCCAUGGCACGCGGGUCGGAUUUGACGGCACAGUGCUCCUCGACCGCGCUCAAAGUCAAGGCUAAGAUGCUCGACGACUGGGCCUCCAUCGUGUGGUUGGAAGUGAUGGAUCUGCCUGUGCAGGCAGCGCAGUCUCCGAUUAAUUCCAAUGACAGGUUCUACCAGAACUCUGCUACGAAUCCAAAUUUUGUAUUAAAAAAUGGGGAAUACAAUGUGUAACUUUGUACGGCCAGAACAGGGUUGAGUUUUGAUUUCGACAGAAAGUCCGUCAUUUGUGCGGGCGUGUACACAUGUGCGUGCAUGCACCAAACACACACACACACUCGUGUAAGAAAGAAAUAAGAUCCCCUGUAUAGCCUACAAAUGUCGAGAGCUGUUAACAGCUCUUGCCUCGACAGAUAUUCAGGCAGUUUCCCAAACUUCACUCUACGCGAUCAACCAUCGCUACGUAUUUCCGUAUUUACCGAUUUACUUUUCACUAAUAAAUUACAAAUUAACUCAUUCCACGUCGCACUCACCCGAUGAUUGUUAAACACGUGUCACGUGACGUGCUAGGGAAUUAUUGCUGUCUGCGUCACGUGGAGCACUUGUACACACACACGUACAGGGAACACGUGUAUACACACACGGAACAUGUGUAUAUAUACACACGGAACACGUGUAUAUAUACACACGUGGAACACGUUUUUACACACACACACGCACACUGAGAUAUCAAUUUGAAUCAUCUCGAUUGGCGUGGUUCCUUGUCCAUUGCGUGACCCUCACACUCAACCCGAACUUGUCCCCACACAUCCUUGGCAAACUUAGAGCUCUUUAGGUCACAGCCAUAGCUGCGGUCCAUCAAAUAAAACUUGCAAAAUUCACAUGCUGUAUUCCAUAUAUAUUUUAAUUUAUGUACGUUUGUAGAACUUUUUUGGAAGGACAAACUGAACAGAAAAAGUAGUUCUAAAGAAAUUAGUUUUCAAUCUAUCUAUUUUGCCAUUGAUAUGAAAACCGAAAUCAUUCAAUUUGAAUUUUGUUGCAAAUUGUUCAUGUCAUUGAUUAAUUGUUUUAAGUUGAGAAAUAUGUUGUGAAAUAUGCUUGUUGUAUUGGCUAUUAUCUAGUGUACUUACAUACUCUUCGUUGGGUAACUUUGGUGUAUAUUUAGUCAAUAAAGGAUACAAGAAUUAUAUUCCAAUUAACAUUUCAUUUGCUACCUGUUGAAAUAAAAUUAAGUUUGAGAUAAGCCAA